AUGGAGCCAGACUUGAAAGAGAUUGCUAGAAAUAUAUCUGAUUAUAUUGAUAACGAUACAUUCUUAUCGGCAAGAAGUCCUCAACAGAUAGCUAAAAUUCUUAGUUUUGCAAAACUAAGUCCUUGCGAAUUUGCAACAUUAUUCACAACUCUUUCAAAUUAUCAUGGAAAAGCAGACAUAUUAAUGAUGCUUAGUCGUGCACGCUUAAAAGAUUUCAAUAGUCAAGAGGAAGCUUCUGAAAUUUCUGAAACAAUUUCAUCAAUCCUCGGAAUUCAAAUUCUUGAUUCACUAUUUUCUUUCUAUCAAAACAAGCUUCAAGGGGAAAUUUCGGAAACCAAAAAUCAUAAGUCCCAAUCUUCUGUUCCUCUUCCAAGCUCAGCAAAUUCAAUUACAAUUAAGUCUCAAACUGAAAAAGUUUAUAUAAUUGAUAACAUUGAUUUCAAUUGUAGUGUUGAAGAUUUGAAAAAUAGAAUUCAAGACAAAGAAGGAAUCCCUCCAGAUCAGCAAAAGCUAUAUUUUGCUGGAAAACAAAUGGAAGAUGGAUAUACAUUGAAAGAUUAUAAUAUCCAUAAUGGAGCCACAAUUUCGCUUGUUUUAAGAUUACGUGGUGCAAAACCAGUAAUCUAUUUGUAUCCAAAGGAAGAAACCAAUGCAAAAGUAAGUAUCAAUAUCAAUGAUGGUGAUUUUUCAUUCGUGUAUCCUUCAUUCGACGAAGAUAACACGUGGAAUGUGAAAGCACUCCCAUCAGGCGAGAUCGUCCACAGAGGAAAGAAGAUGAGAUAUCUCUUCUGGGAAACACUCUUUUACCCGAAUCUCAACAUGAACAAAGGAUUCAUCAUCAAAGGCGAAGAUAGUAUUUCUUUCUUCGAGGAUAAACUGAAGUCUAUGAACCUCAACGACGCAGAGAUAUGUGAUUUCGUCACAUACUGGUGUCCGAAGCUUUGUGGAUACAAAUAUGUCAAAGUAUGCUUCCAGUUCAAAAACUUCGACGGCAUGUGUCCAAUGAACGUUGAGCCGAAGCCAGACAACGUCAACAGAGUUUUCUUCGCAGCUCUCCCUCUAGAGAGUCCAUGCGACGUCGAACCACAAGAACUUCCAACAUUCAAUCGUGAUGGCUUCACAGUCAUCGAAUGGGGCGGAACCAUCGUUACAUCUGAGACACUCUAA